AUGUACCGACUCGAAGUUCUGCUUUUCGUCAUUCGUACAUGCAUUACUGUGGCAAAAUUAAAUUGUUUUCAAAGGUUGGAAGAAGAUAAUGUAAGUUUUUGUUCGUGCGAUCCAGCGAUUGAGGACAGGAGCUGGUCCAAGUUCUCGUUUCUAGAGGCCCUCAUGUUGUGUUCAAUGAGAUGUUCACAAACAGCCAGCUGUGUGGCUUACAACUUCUUCAAUGCCACCAAUCAGUGCCAACUCUUCAAUCAAACAUUGAACAAGUUCUCUGUACUGCCCGGCUGCCAAUAUUAUCUCAAAAACGAUAAAGAUGGUAUUCAAAUUAAAAAACCACUGGCAAUCCAUGUUGUCGAUGAACUAAAAGAAUUCUAUUUCAACGGAAACAACAUUUCAGCAGAGUUGAAUUUCGCAAACGCCAAUAAUUUCAAAUUGUGUGACAGAUGCGAUCUGAAUGGCAACAUUUACGUGGUUGCUGUGAAUCUACUAGUCAGUUCUGAUGACGACUUCCUCCUGACCAACGAAACUUGGAAAUGUACCAAAAGCUAUUACGAUGGCUGGUACAAAAUCAGUUACGAUGAUUCAUUCUGGUCUGACGCGAUCACGGUGUUACAUCCAGAGAAUACAGACAGAACCGGAUGUUUGUCUCCGAAAGCGAAAUGGAUCAUUGAAUCCAGCAAUUGUUCGGAAUGCCUGUUUUACUGCAGAAAAAGAUUUCUGAGUUAG